ACUAUCUUCACACAGUAAAUAUAUGUGUUCGAAAGAUUUGGCAAAGUUACUGCUUUUGUCGUACUUCGCAUUAACUACUAUUCAAAUAAUACGUGCACAAGGUUUCUCUUUGAAUCCAGACAUACGAGGAGCAAACAAGACUAGAGAGUGUUUUGUAAAUAAUACAAAUAACAUAAAGGGAAUAUGUGUACUCGAGAAGUAUUGUACUGCGGAGCAUGAAAUCGCGGGUUACGGUAUCAUUGAUGAUAGCGAAUUGAGAGAAAAGAAACAGUGCAGGGACAACGAAUGGUGCUGCCUUCGUCCGAGAUAUGACGACGACUCGGAGGAACAAACGGACACACCACCUGGGAAAAAAGAAAGUAAUGAGAAUAAUGGCAAAGAAAAUGAAGUCGGCAGCACUAGCACGGCUUGUAUGCCUAUACAAUCAGUAGAUUGCCCAUGGUGUGCUACUCUUCACAAGGGCACACUGAAUGACAUGUUCGAAACAGGGUUGUAUUGUAUGGGGUCUAUGAUCGGCCCCAAAGUGAUAUUAACGUCAGCCAGCUGUAUACUUGGUGCCCAAAACGUUACAAUGUGGGCACAGGUACCGACUUCACCGAAGCCAAAACAGCAAUACGCCAUUCGCAGCACGAAGCUCCAUCCGAAUUACAACACAGGCACCCAUGAAUUCGAUUUCGGUCUCGUGGUACUCCAGGAAGACGUAAGCUGGGGUCAGCAGAAGUGGAUAGGCGCGUGUCUGGGGCUGGAGGCGCCAGUCAAAGGAGCAUGUCUCGGCUUCGGAUUUGACGGGAACAACAAAAUUGUCUCGACCUUGCUGACAUCUACACCUGGAGGAUGCUCUGGCAGCGGCGACACUCCGGACGCGGCGUGCAGUAGGAAAACUGACCGAGAGGACUACUGCAUCAUCGCCUACGGCUCUCCGAUUUAUUGCGAAGGAAGUAACGAUGUGAGAGGUGUAGCCAGAAGAUCGUGCUAUAAUGAUGCAGCCAUAGUCGGUAGUUUAUCUUCAGCCAAAGACUGGAUAACGGCAGAGCUUAAAACGCUCAAUUUGCAACCAAUCAACUAUCUAAUAAAACCUUUUUGAACUAAA